UGGAAGUCUGAUCUUUACCAAGAAAGAUACCCAAGUAUUUAACCGUAUGCUUGUCUGGAAUCCCAAAAAUGUUUAGAUCUGAGCGUUCGUAAUCGAAGUUUUCGACUAUUGGUUUAGAUAUAUGUGACGUCAUCAUUCUGAGACGGACGUAGGUGCAGCAUAGGGCCCCGUCGUGUUCCGGCUGUGUCGCGAGCACGGGUUUUCAUUAAACUGUAGUCAUGACGACGGAAGGUUCCGAGAAGUCGGGUGAGGAAGGAGUCGGGACCUCAAGCGGUUCGGGCGGAGGUGGCGUGCGAUUCGAACUGGAGAAAGAGACAGAGCUACGCUUCGAGGUGGAGGCUGGAGAGAAGGUCCAGCUGGAGCUGCUGUCAGGAUUGGCCGAGGUCUUCGGCUCAGAGUUAAAUCGGAACAAGAAGUACACGUUUGGGCCUGGAUCGAAAAUCGCCGUGUUCACCUGGCAGGGCUGCAGCGUGUCACUGACAGGAAAAACUGAGGUGGCCUAUGUUUCCAAGGACACCCCCAUGCUUCUGUACUUGAACACCCAUGCUGCACUGGAGCAGAUGAGGCAACAAGCUGAGAGGGACAAUGAGAGAGGGCCUCGGGUGAUGGUGGUAGGUCCCACAGACGUGGGGAAAUCCACAGUGUGCCGACUGCUGCUGAGUUACGCCGUGCGGUUGGGCCGGCGCCCCACCCUGGUGGAGCUGGACGUGGGGCAGAGCGCUGUGUCUGUCCCCGGCACGGUGUCGGCCCUGUGCAUCGAGCGGCCGGCUGAUGUGGAAGAGGGCUUCUCUGUACAGGCCCCAUUGGUGUUCCACUUCGGAUCCACCACACCGGGAACUAACAUCAAGCUCUACAACAAGCUGACCUCCAGCCUGGCGGAGGUUUUCUCCCAGCGCUGUGAAGUGAACCGGAAGGCCAGCGUGGGCGGCUGCAUCAUCAAUACCUGCGGCUGGGUCAAGGGCUCGGGCUACCAGGCCCUGGUCCACUGCGCCUCGGCGUUCGAGGUGGACGUGGUGCUGGUGCUGGACCAGGAGAGGCUCUACAAUGAGCUGAAGCGCGACCUGCCACAUUUUGUCAAGGUGGUCCUGCUGCCUAAGUCGGGCGGGGUGGUGGAGCGCUCCAAGGACUGCCGGCGGGAGGCACGAGACGAGAAGAUCCGCGAGUACUUCUACGGGUUCCGCGGAGUCUCCUUCUACCCCCACGCCUUUGACGUGCGCUUCUCGGAUGUGCGCAUCUACAAGAUCGGCGCCCCCUCCAUCCCGGAUUCCUGCCUGCCCCUGGGGAUGUCUCAGGACGACACGCAGCUGAAGCUGGUCCCCGUGACGCCGGGGAGGGACUUGACGCACCACGUGCUGAGCGUGAGCUGCAUGGAGGACGAGGCGGAAGCAGGCGCGGGGGGGACAUCGGGCCCGAGGAGGGGGGUGUUGGAGAGCCCUGUGUGUGGCUUCAUCGUGGUGACAGCCGUGGACACCCAGGCCCAGGUGAUGACGGUGCUGUCACCGGCCCCGCGGCCUCUGCCCAGACACACGCUGCUCAUCAUGGACAUCCGGUUUAUUGACCUCAAGUGAACCCAACGGAGGAUCAGCGGAAAGGGGGAAGAGCCACAUUUUUAAUUAUGCAGAAGGAUAUACUUUUCAUUCACCUAACCCAGUCACUUAUGCGUUCAAAUUCUGGGUCUGGUGUUUAGAUGACUCAUAUUCUCUGAAAUAUGUUCCUUUUCUAAUCCACUUCAGGUUUUAUAUUGGGAUUUUUUUGACAAAAAUAUUUUAACCUGAUUUUUUUUUUGUGCUUUGUAGAUGCUUUUAUUAUUUGAAUACAAAGUUGUGUUUCACUAAUAUAUACUAAUUGGAUUUUUACAGAAGUCCUCGUGCUGGUUCAGGUAAAACACCAAGAACACAAUCCAUUUUGUUUCUAAUGUAUCUGCAUCUUACUGGUUAGAGGUUUGUGAAAUAUUUUUCCAUUGAUGCAGAAACACCAGUGAGUUUUCCCCUAUCAACUUCAGUUAGUGCAGGCGUAUGACAAGCUGUAAGUCAGGUGGUUCACUGCAUACAGGAAUCUGAUCUUCCAGUUUGUCGGAUAUAAAUGCUGCAGUGGAAAAUUAGCUAUGUAAAAGUUUUAUAUAAAAUAGUUAAAUGACCAACUUACAAAUACAGAUGUCUGUUUGGUUUGUUUUUCUUAAGAAAAUAAAUUGAUUGAAAAACUG